CUUUAGGAGGUGUUGAUGAUGUUGGAGAACUAUGUGCGAGACUUCAAAGCUCCCAUAGACUGGAUCCAGCUCCAGGAGAAGUUGGAGAAAACGGACGCCCAGAACAGGCCGACUUCUUUGGCCUGGGAGGUGCGUAAGAUGUCUCCAGGACGUCAUGUGAUGCCGAGCCAGUCAGCGGACCGAAUGGUUCGGUCUCCAGGUGCACGUCGCGUCCUUAACUUCGGUGGUCCCCCACCUACACUGGCUGUAGCACGGCUGUCCCACACAGACCUCAGCUGGGCGGACCGAGUGAAGUCCACUCAGUCCGUCCCCACCGCCAGUCAACAAACCAGCGCCCCUGUAGAAAACCUAGGUAAAAAGGAUGCUGAGGGCUGGGAGACGGUCCAGCGAGGACGUACCGCCAAGCCCCGCUCUGCCGCCAUAGUUGCCAAGGCCAUUUCCGUCCCGGUUAAAGACCCCCCGAAGCAGGACAGCGUCAAGUGUAACCAGUCACACCCGCCGCCAAAAGAGGAGCGACCAAUCGACGCUGUGUGUCCGUCCAACAAGGACACAACCCAGAAGGACGAUGAGCAGCAUGUCCCCUUGGAGCCGAACCCCCUGGUGGAAGUUGGAUGUCCGGUGAACGGGAACAUGAUGGAGCCACAGUCCAUGGCCGAGGUGCUGGCCAAAAAGGAGGAGCUUGCGGACCGGCUGGAGAAGGCCAACGAGGAGGCCAUAGCCAGCGCCAUCGCCGAGGAAGAGCAGCUGACCAGAGAGAUUCAGGCCGAGAACAGCGAACUGGGGACCGACAACGAAAGUGACUUCUCUGCUAGCAUCGGCAAUGGAGUUGGUGGUGUCAAUAUUGACUGGAGCGACAUGCUGGCAGAUUAUGACUGUUGUGGACCGGCUCGGCCUCCCGGACAUGGAAUUCACAUGCACGAGAAAUUGUCCUCACCGUCCCGCAAAAGAACCAUCACCGAGUCAAAGAAGAAACAUGAGGAGAAACAGCUGAAGGCGCAGCAGCUGAAGGACAAACUCCGUGAGGAAAAGACGCUCAAACUGCAGAAGCUCUUGGAGAGGGAGAAGGAGGUGAGGAAAUGGAAGGAGGAGUUGUUGGAGCAGGGUCGGCGGAUGAUGGACGAAAAGCUGUUGCACGCAGAGUUGAAGCGAGAGAUUCAGCUCCAGGCGAUUGUGAAGAAGGCCCAAGAAAAAGAGGCCAAGGUCAAUGAAAUUGCAUUUAUCAACACUCUUGAAGCCCAAAACAAGAGGCAUGAUCCCCUGGCCAAGUUGAAUGAGUACGAGCAACGCCUCAACGAGCUGCAGGAUGAGAGGCAGAGGAGACAAGAGGAGAAGCAAGCCAGAGAUGAGGCUGUGCAGGAGCGGAAACGGGUCCUUGAAGCUGAGCGGCAGGCCCAGGUGGAGAAGCUGCUGGUGCGGAGGAAGGAGCAGGAGGCUCGUAUUGAACAGCAGAAGCAGGAAAAGGAGAAAGCUCGAGAAGAUGCAGCACGGGAAAGGGCCAGGGAUCGAGAAGAGCGUCUGGCUGCUCUUAGCGCUGCACAACAGGAGGCCAUGGAGGAGCUCCAGAAAAAAAUACAGCUGAAGCAUGACGAGAGCAGCCGCAGACAUAUGGAGCAAAUCGAGCAGAGGAAGGAGAAGGCCGCUGAGCUGAGCAGCGGUCGACACGCUAACACAGACUACGCCCCCAAACUGACGCCCUAUGAGCACAAGAAACAGCGUUCCCUGUGCUGCGUUGUGAUCACAUCAGAGGUGCACCUGUUCAGCCACACCAAGGGCAAGAGGCACCAGCAGGCCGUGCGCGACAGUAGCAGCAUCCAAGGACGGGAGCUCUCUGACGAGGAAGUGGAGCACCUUUCCUUGAAGAGGUACAUUGCGGAUAUAGUGACGGACAGCUCUGUGUCUUCUGAGAACGUAAAGGACGGAGAAGAGAGACAAAAGGCCCGGAAGAAAGCCAAGAAGUUCCGCGCCAGAAUGAAUGCGAGAGCGAAGGAAUACGAGAAGUCAACGACUGGCACGAUACAGGCAAUGACACCGGUCUCUGACUCCCCGUACAAGGCCAAGUUUCAGCGGCUGGUGAAGGACCUGUUGAAGCAGCUGCAGGGUCAGGACGGCGGCCAGAGCGCCAACAACAAAAUGUCGGGCCUGGACAGAACUCUGGGAGAGAUGUCUCGCAUCUUGGAAAGAGAGAACAAUGCAGACCAAGUGGCCUUCCAAGUAGGCGGCGGCCUGACGGCUCUAGAACAAAUUCUGCAGGUCGUCGCUGCUUCCUCUACACCCAACGCAGUUCCUCGUAUUCCUCUCAAAUCGCUCUGUGCUGCUGUACACACCUACUACCUGGCAUGUUCCCACUGCCCCGCCAGCUGCUUCGAUGUGCUGUUCAGCAACAAGAUCGUUCUCCUCAUGGACCUGCUGCUGCAUCAGCUAACACUAUACGUCCCAGAUGAGGACAAAUCUAUUUUCGGCCGCAGUGUGAACAAACAAGUCUUUGAGGGAUUGACGGCAGGAUUGCUGCAGACCAUCGCCGCCAUCUUAGCGACCCUGUGGCCGGAUGACUCUGAGCCUGGCAAAGACAAAAACACCUUGAUUUUUUCCCUGGAUGCCAAGGUCAAGAGCUCUGUCGAGUCCUUUAACACUCGCGCUCAAGACUUAAUCAGCUACGUCGUAAACAUGGGUUUGAUUGACAAGCUGUACGGGUGUUUCCUGUCAAUCCAAGGUCCCGUAGACGAGCAGCCGAAGGUCUCAGCUUUCCUCCAGCAAGCCUCGGCUCUGCUGCACAGCAUGUGUACGCUGUGCUGUAAGCUGUGUUUCGUCGUAACCGGACGGACUCCCAGUAUAUUUGACAAUAAACGCCAGGACCCGACUGGAUUGACGGCCCUGCUGCAGUCCACAGACCUGGUGGGAGUGGUGCACACUCUGUAUUGUAUCCUGCUGCACAGCUUCUCGCCAGAGUCUUCUUCCCAGAGUCAGGAACCGUACAGCCCCGGGGUCAUCCAGGUGGCUUUGCAAGGCAUCAGCUUCCUCAACAGUUUUGCCCAGCUGAACCUAUCGGCCUUUCAGUCUGUUCUAGGAGCCGAAGGCCUGUCUCUAGCUUUCAGACACAUCGUCAGCUCGCUGCUCUGGUACUGUACCCAGCAUUCCUCUGAAGAUCUUCUGCACAAAGUCAUCAUCUGCGUGGGAUACUUUACUGUCAACCACACGGACAACCAGGUAAACCGGCUUGAACACCUGCUGACUGCAUAG